AUGAAAGAACGCCGAGCGCAGUUACGCGAUUACAAAUGGGCUGCAGAUUCAAUCCAAGAAAGCACAUCGGAAGUGAAACAUCCAUCAUUGCCCAGCGCUUUUUCAUUCCUCUCGUUCGAUUAUACCACAUCGAGGUACCUGAAUCCCACUAUUUAA